AUGGCGCGGCUGCUGGCGCUGCUGCUGCUGCUGCUGCCGCCGCCGCUACUGCUCCCGCUCCCGCUGCUGCCGCCGCUGCUGCCGCCGCUUCCGCCAGAGAACGCGUCCCUGUCCGCCUGCCCCCCGGGCCGCUUCCAGUGCGAGCCCGGCGCCAUCUGCUUCCCCCGGGAGUGGCGCUGCGAUGGGCACCCCGACUGCGAGGACGAGGGGGACGAGUGGGGCUGCGGGACGGCGACCCCGGCGGAGCCGAGUCCUGACGGUGCCUGGGUGACCCCGCCGCGGAGCUCGGGGGUGCCGCCCACCGGCGACGGAGAGGCUUCAGCUACACCUGUGCCUGGGGUCUCUGUGCCAUCGAGGAGUCAAGGCCACAUGUGGAUCUUAAUUGUUGCAGCACUCCUGAGCAUCCUGGUAGCUGUGGGUUCUGUUGCUGUGUGGGGCCUGUCCAAAGCAAAAAGCAGAUCCGACAUCUUCAGUCUUGAAAAAGCAUCCAGGGAACAGCUGAUGCCUGACAAGAGCCAGAGGCUCAUUUCCCUGAAGGGUAAGUUUCUUCCACCCCAUGCGCUCUGUAUGCAUGAGGGAGAAAUGCCUUCUUGCCCUGUGUUUCUAGCCUCUAGAGCUUUCCCCUCUGGGGGCAGCUUUUCCUAGCUGUUUCUGCUGCUGGUUGGCCACAUGCUUGGGGUUUCAGUCUGCCUGGAAGCAGCAGAACUCUCCCCUUAUCUUCCUUGCUCGCAAUCACACAUGAAGGCUCUUGCUCGACUUCAGGGCUAGUUGCACACCUAAUCUGAGAAGAUCCUGGCUUCUUUUGAGAGUGAUGUGGUGGUCUCCGUCCUUCCUCUGCUGCCAAGGACACUGAGCACUCAUGAUAAGAUACUUAUCUCCUGAUGUGGGUUGUUUUCCUCCACUUCGCACAAACUGAAGUCAAACCAGGUUUUUGCCCAAAGGACUGUCAAUAACCAGGUGUUUUUCUGUUC